AUGUCUUCCAUCACCGCUGGCCCCGAAUAUCACACCCCGCCUCCGCCAGGAGCUUCUUCCACAGCAACAAUCGAGCAAGAUGCACCAGCUCUCCUCGAAUUGCACCGUCAAGUGCCCGACCUUCACAUCUACACCGCCACCUCUCCCGACUUUGACGCCUUGAACAGAGUCAACGACAGAUCCAUCACCACCCUCCCUCUAGCUACCAAUGGCUUGACGUUGGCCAUUCGCAACUCGGGAGUAGACCAAGGCGGUCGAAGUCGCGCCUACGGACCAAAGGACGUCUCGCUUGACGUCCGUUCAAUGAACAAGAUGGUGCUUUCUGCUGACCGGAGCACGGUGACGAUUGACGGAGGCGUCACGGGAGGAAACCUGUUGCGAUUUCUAGACAGCCAUAGACUCACCACACCGACGGCAUUUUCAACCACUGUUGGCUACGUUGGAUGGGCUUGUGGCGGGGGCUACAGCUCUUUGAACGGCAUCAUGGGCAUGGGCGUGGACAACAUCCUCGGCGGGAGAGUUGUCCUGGCUGAUGGGCGUGUCAUGGAUACGGACGAUGCCGACUGCGAUCCGGAUCUGCUGUGGACUCUUCGCGGAGGCGGUGCCGGCAUCGUUGGCGUCGUGUCUUCUCUUCGAGUCCGUGUUCAUCGGCGUCCGGACUGCUUGGCCGGGCUCAUCAUGUUUCCUCUGGAAGAAACACCGCAGAUUGCCCAGAAGCUGAGCGAGUUGUACGCGUGGAAGAAACCACCAAAGUUUGCGGGGGACACAGCCGUCAUGAAAGGGCCUGAAGGAGACGGGGCUUUGUUCUCUUUUCUUUUUCACUGGUCUCUGGAGGACGAUGGGAGUGAUCUUGACGAGGCCAAGGAUUAUCUCGAGCGAGUCGUGAAGAUGGGAACCGUUAUCCUGAAUACGGUCGCAGAAAGUAAGAUCAUCAUCAUUCUGUCAGUCAUGCAAGCGUUGUAUAAGUUCGAGCUGACAGUCCAAACAGCCACGCCAUACGCUUUCCUCUUGUCAAUCCCCAUGCCCGUGCUCUACGCUGAUCUCGUCCACCAUAAACGAACAAUCUCGGUACCCGGGUGGUCAGAGGAACUCGGCCGCAUCAUAUCCGAGCCAUUACCGACGCCCACAUCAAUCAUCAUCAUGCACGACAGCCACGGAGCCGGCACGCGAGCCUCUGGAGCCGCUCUGGAAGAAAAUGCAGCUUUCCAGAAUCGCGAGCCGCACUUGAUGUUUGGGUUCUUUCCGUCCGCGCAUCCUGAUGACAAGGAGGGGAUAGAGAAAGGAAGAGCGUGGGCGGACAGACUGUUUGAUGGCGUGACGAAUGCUGGGCUUGCUAUGCCUUCGCAUUAUAUCAACUUUUCGACGCCUGCAAAGGGGGAUGGUUUGGGGUAUUAUGGUCCGGAGGGUAUCGUUCGGAUCAGAGCUGUUAAGCGUCGACUUGAUCCCUCCAACUUGUUUGCCAAGAGCACGCCUGACAUAGCAGACACAUAG